AUGGAUUGUGGUGACGUUGCUAGUACAGUACAAAUGGUUCAUGUUAUAGAUGAUGAGUUCAUGACUGACCCAAUGUCAUUUAAAAAAUUGCUUGAAGAUGCUGAAAAACCUUUGUAUCCUGGUUGUAUAAAGUUCACAAAGCUUUCUGCAUUAGUUAAAUUGUACAAUGUGAAGGCACGGUAUGGGUGGUCAGAUAAAAGUUUUUCAGAUUUACUCCAAAUAUUAGGGGAUAUGCUACCGGUCAACAAUGAGAUGCCCUUAUCCAUGUAUGAGGCAAAGAAAACAUUGAAUGCAUUAGGGAUGGAAUACAAAAAGAUACAUGCAUGCCCAAAUGAUUGCAUACUAUACAGGAAUGAGUUAAAUGAUGCAUCUUUAUGUCCUACUUGUGGAACGUCAAGGUGGAAGGUAAACAAAGUUGGGGCAAGAAACACUAAGAGGAUUCCUGCAAAAGUGUUGUGGUAUUUCCCACCCAUCCCUAGGUUUAAGAGGAUGUUUCAAUCUCCCAAAAUAGCCAAAGACCUAAAAUGGCAUGCAAAAGGUAGAGAAAAUGAUGGUAAGCUUCGACACCCAGUGGAUUCCCCAACAUGGCAACUAGUGAACCAAAUGUGGCCUGAAUUUGCUUCAGAUUGUAGGAACCUUAGACUUGCUAUUUCAGCAGAUGGUAUCAAUCCUCAUAGCUCCAUGACCAGUAGGUAUAGUUGUUGGCCUGUUCUCACAAUAACUUACAACCUUCCCCCUUGGUUAUGUAUGAAGAGGAAAUUCAUGAUGUUAUCUUUGCUAAUAUCAGGACCACGACAGCCUGGUAAGGAUAUUGAUGUUUAUUUGGCACCAUUAGUCGAUGAUUUGAAAGCAUUGUGGGAGGUAGGGGUGAAAGCCUAUGAUGCACAUCAACGAGAGUUCUUCACAUUAAAGGCUAUUUUGUUAUGGACGAUUAAUGAUUUCCCUGCAUAUGGGAACUUGUCUGGUUGCACUGUUAAGGGAUAUCAUGCUUGUCCAAUAUGUGGUGAAGAAACAAAUUCACAUUGGCUAAAACAUGGGAAUAAGAACUCAUAUACCGGCCAUAGAAGGUUUCUUCCAUGCAAUCAUCCAUUUAGAAAGCAAAAAAAGGCAUUUAAUGGUGAACAAGAGUUUAGGUUACCUCCAAAAGAACUUACCGGAGAGGAAAUAUUUACAAAAGUUGAUAUGAUUCAUAACUCAUGGGGAAAGAAAAAGAAGGUUAAACAAUGUGAAUCCUUUGCUAAUCCUACAAGUUGCUGGAAAAAGAAGUCUAUAUUUUUUGAACUUGAAUACUGGAAAUAUUUUUAUAUCCGACACAACUUGGAUGUCAUGCAUAUAGAGAAGAAUGUUUGCGAGAGCAUCAUCGGAACCGUGCUUAACAUUCCAGGUAAAACAAAGGAUGGAGUAAAGUCUCGACUUGAUCUUCUCGAAAUGGGCUUAAGGCCUGGCUUAGCACCAACCUUUGGGUUGAAGCGAACUUAUCUUCCCCCUGCAUGUUAUACUCUAAGUAGAAAGGAAAAAAAAAUAGUAUUGCAGACUUUGGCUGAUUUAAAGGUUCCUGAAGGUUAUUGUUCAAACUUUAGAAACCUUGUGUCCAUGGAAGAGCUAAAGCUUAAUGGUCUUAAGUCCCAUGAUUAUCAUGCACUUAUGCAACAACUACUACCAGUAGCAAUAAGAUCUGUGUUGCCUAAGCAUGUCAGAUAUGCCAUUACAAGAUUGUGUUUUUUCUUUAAUGCACUUUGUGCAAAAGUGGUGGAUGUGUCAAGAUUGAAUGAUUUACAACAGGACAUAGUGGUGAUUUUGUGCUUGCUAGAGAAGUAUUUUCCACCUUCCAUCUUUGACAUCAUGCUUCAUUUAACAGUGCAUUUGGUAAGAGAGGUUAGAUUAUGUGGACCAGUGUAUAUGAGAUGGAUGUACCCAUUUGAAAGGUACAUGAAAGUCCUGAAGGGUUAUGUUCGAAAUCAUAAUCGUCCAGAAGGGUGUAUUGCUGAGUGCUAUAUCGCUGAGGAAGCCUUAGAGUUUUGUACAGAGUAUUUAUCGGGCAUGGAUGCAAUUGGAAUUCCUUCUAGUAUGAAAGAUGAAUGGAAAUGUGGGAAACCAUUACUUGGUGGUCGUGCAAUAACUAUUCAUGAUUAUAAAUUGGUGGAGCAAGCACAUCAUUAUGUUCUACAAAAUACAACCAUUGUUUCAGAUGACAUAAGCAAGAAAGAACCUAUUGAAAAGGAACUUAAGUGGCUUGCACAAGGACCAAGACAACAAGUUCUUACGUACCCUGGAUAUAUCAUUCAUGGUUGUCGUUACCACAUCAAGAACCGUGAUGAGGCACGAGUCAACCAAAAUAGUGGUGUUAGUAUUGUGGCAUCGACCAUGCAAAUUGCAAGUUCCAAAGAUAAGAAUCCUGUGCUUGGUGACGUCAAGAAUGGUGUCAAAGUUGAUGAGCUUGGUUUUACAUUAGUUGAUUUGAGCAAGAUAGGACAUAAAUCAGAUCCUUUCAUUUUGGCAACGCAAGCCCAACAAGUUUUUUAUGUAGAAGAUCAAGUUGAUCCAAGAUGGUCUAUUGUAUUAUCAAGGCCAAAAAUGGAGUUGUUUGACAUAGAAGGUGAUGACAACAUAGCCGACAAUUGUAUGGAGCAUCACCCAUUUGCGAAUGAGAUGCCUAAUAUUAAGUCUUUUGAUGAAGUUGAAGAUUAUGAUGAAAUUUGUAUGCGUACUGAUUGUGAGGGGAUUUGGAUUGAAAAUUAA